AUGCCAGCGAUUUUGACGAAAAUCCGUGAGCAAGCGUUCAGGGUCCAGCCGACAGCGACACUAGCUGUUGGUGUUGGAGUUGGAGUUGCUUUAGCCGCAUGCGCACUCUACGGCACUAGGGAUAAGAAGCAGCCUCCACCAUGUCAUAAUAAUAAUAAUUAUAAGGUAGCAAAAAAUGGAAAAUUACACACAGUGGAAAAUGGCGGCGUCGAAAUUGAUACCGAUAACAAGCAGAAUAUUGAAGAUGCGGACGAGACACAGUCCCAAACAGUAGAAGAGCAUGUCCCUGGUCUGAAUCUGGAGUUUCUCAGACAAAUAGUGUCUUUGGCGAAGAUCAUGGUACCGGGAUUCCGGAGUCAUGAAGUCGCCCUGCUCUCUGUUCAUACUCUGUGCCUCUUCUCGCGAACGUUCUUGUCUAUAUACGUCGCGUCAUUGGAAGGUUCUAUAGUAAAACACAUAGUCCAAAAAGACAUGAAGGCAUUCGCAGCAUUGCUCUUACAAUGGUUCGGUAUUGCCGUGCCAGCAACGUUUAUAAAUUCCAUGAUCAGAUACUUGGAGGGAAGACUAGCUCUCGCCUUCAGAACGAGGCUAGUGAAUCACGCCUAUGAGCUCUACUUCAAAAACCAGACGUACUAUAGAGUGGCUAACUUGGACGCUAGGAUAGAAAAUGCUGACCAUAGAUUAACAGAAGAUGUGUCAGUGUUCGCCCAAUCAGUAGCUCACUUAUACAGCUCUCUGACUAAGCCGUGCUUUGAUUUACUCCUCAUAGUUUUAACCCUCGCCAGCUAUUCAAGCAAGAUGAAGGGAAAUAUAUUCUUAGGACCCGGUAUAGCAACAGUGGUAAUAUGCUUGACUGGUCAACUUCUCCGAAUCCUGAGUCCAAGGUUCGGUGCCCUCGCGGGCGAAGAGGCACGAAUGAAGGCGAAUCUGAGACAUGUUCAUUCGAGGUUGAUAGCUCAUGCGGAAGAGGUCGCGUUUUAUGGAGGACAUAAUGUUGAAAUGGGCCAGCUCCAAUCAGCCUACAAAGAGUUAGUCACUCAAAUGACCUCAGUCUUCAAUAAGAAGCUGUGGUAUGUGAUGCUGGAGCAGUUCUGCAUGAAGUACGUUUGGUCCGGUACCGGGAUGGUCAUGUUGGCGCUUCCCAUACUUACCGGAAAGAAGUUGGAUGGUACAGCAGGUGAAGGUAUAAGCGCUAGAACAGAAUACAUGACGACAUCAAGAAAUCUAUUGAAUUCAGCGGCCGACGCCAUCGAGAGGCUCAUGUCUAGUUAUAAGGAAAUAGUGACACUAGCGGGAUACGCAACGCGAGUGUCCGACAUGUUAGUAGUAUUUGGGGAAGUCGCUCGCGGGAAAUGCGUACGCGCAGUGCACGUAGCAUCAGCCUCUUCCACAGGCUUCCAAGUCACCUUCAGAGAUAAACAGCCUGUUCCUAUGGGUCAAGUUACGUAUACGGACGAUCUGUCGAUACGUGUCCGUAACGUACCGAUCGUGACUCCAGCGUGCGAUGUGGUCGCUAGUGGCGUCUCAUUGGACCUCAAUCCUGGCACUCAUCUAUUGAUCGUUGGACCUAAUGGAUGCGGAAAAUCUAGUUUAUUCCGUAUAAUAUCAGGCCUAUGGCCGGUAUUCGGUGGCGAGUUGAGCGUCCCUCGACCAUGCGCGUGCGCACACUGCGCGGAUGAACCUAACGCCCCACCGUAUUGUGUUGCGCGACCUGUCAUGUUCUACAUACCGCAGAGGCCAUACAUGUCAAUGGGGUCUCUAUUAGACCAGAUAACAUACCCAUCUCGGGUAUCAGAAGACGAUAGAGAGGCCGAAGCAAGAGCCAUGCAUAUUCUACGAGUGGUACGCUUAGACGCGUGCGCAGCGAGACACGGCGGUCUGAGGGCGGUUUGUGAUUGGCGCGCCACGCUCUCCGGCGGGGAGAAACAGAGGAUGGCUUGUGCUAGAAUGUUCUAUCAUAGGCCCGUAUACGCCUUACUCGAUGAGUGUACGAGUGCCGUUUCCAUGGAAACGGAAGUUGUUAUGUACGAAGAGGCUAUCAAGGAAGGCAUCACCUUGCUUUCCAUUACACACAGACCCAGCGUAUGGAAAUACCACACCCACGUGUUAGAAUUUGAUGGCGCAGGCGGCUGGUCUUUUAGACCUUUGGAAAAAGACGUCCCAGCUAUUACGCCUUUGGCACCAACCGAAACUAAGCCAAUUGAAGCUAAAUCAACAGAGGAUACGCCAAAAGUAUGA